AUGCUCUUUUUGUCGCAGCCUGUUGAACACAACUCAUGGGUAGUCGGUCGCACAGAGGCCGAAGCACUUGAGCAAGCCUGUAACAUAUUUCAAUGUUCCGCGGAUCAGAUUCGACUUACACAAGACACAGAUGUAUUGGACACCUGGUUCUCGUCCCAACUCUUCCCAUUUUCGGUUUUCGGUUGGCCCGAUCAAACGCCAGAUUUAGAAGCCUACUACCCCGGUAGCCUCUUGGAAACAGGGCAUGAUAUCAUAUUCUUUUGGGUUGCCCGGAUGGUCAUGAUCGGACUUCGGUUGACCGGAAAACUACCAUUUCACACUGUCUAUUUGCAUGCCAUGGUGCGUGAUGCACACGGUAAAAAGAUGAGUAAAUCCUUGGGCAACGCUAUCGAUCCGGUCGAUGUGAUCAACGGAAUUUCUUUGGACGGUGAGUUUUCAUCUCUUGCUUGUUGUUUAUGUACCUGUAAAGAUAACUGUGGGUGGAAUAUGUGA